AUGCUCUUGCCCAUGUACACGGUGCCAGUGAAGGAUCUGCUGCUGAUGGGAGAGAUAGAACCACAUGAAGAGCUCAAAGCGAGAGGCAUCCUUGUGGAGUUUGACAAGAGCAUGGGGAACGCGGCGUUUGUCUCACAUCAGUGGGUUGGUCAUGCACAUCCAGACCCUGAGUUCAAACAGAUGCGGGUCCUCCAAGCCGCCCUCCGACAUAUCAUGUCCGACUUGACGCGCAUACCCUUGGAUGUUGUCACAGAGAUGAUCUUACCAAGAUCAAGCGGCCUGCCUACAUCAAAGCUGGUGGAGAAGGAGCUUUUCAUUUGGUAUGACUACUUCUCGUGCCCACAGAUGGAGCGUGCGGACCAGACCCCCAAAGGCUGCAGAAGUGAGUUGUCCAAGGCCAUCGAGAGCAUCCCAGCCUACGUGGCUUCAUCCUCCUUCUUCUUCGUGCUUGUCCCAGUCAUCGCGAGUGACAACUUGCAGAAGGUCUUUUCUCCCAGCAGUUGGGCACGAAGAGGGUGGUGCCGCCUGGAGAGGGCCUGCUGCGAGCUGGGCCAAAAUCAAUCCUGGAUCGUGGUAAAGGCACCCACGAGCUUGGAGCUGAUCUCAUGUCCUUCAGCAUCCAUGGGCAGUGGGCCUCCCGGCCAAGGCGACUUCUCACAGGCGGCGGACCGGGCGAAGAUGGCGCCGGUGCUGAUGGCCACCAUGAAGCGCAAGCUCCUGCAGCUUUUGCAAGCUCAGGACUUCGUGAGCUACCGUGUGGUGCUGAACCAGCAGAGUGUGUACCUCAAUGGACUGCAGGAACCAGGGAUGCAAGACUACUACAAGCCAGUACCAGGCUUCGAGGAAAGUCUCCCGGACCGCGUGGAGAAGAUGGACCCGAGCCUCAUCCUUGUGGAAGAGUUCUUGUACCAAAACGGUUUCCGGAAGAUUGCUGAGAGGGAUGCGGGCGGAUGGAUGCCCUUGCACUACGCUGCCUUGAGUGGGGAUCUGCCAUUAAUUCAAGGAUUGAUCGCACGAGGUGCAAAUCCCAACUGCAAAACUACCAAAGACCAACCUUUGCUAGGUCUUCCACCUUUGACCUCCGCACUUGCCAUUUGUGUCAUGUUUCGGCAUGAUGGUGCGGCGCAGUUCUUGAUCUCUGCGAGGGCCUCUCUCACGGGUGGCGCGAGCAUUUGCACACCAAUGAUCGCUGCCGUUGUCGCAGACAGUGCCGAGGGUGUGCGCCUGCUGUGUGCAGCUCGGUGCGACCCUCACCGGCGAAACCUUGUGGGUGCGGGGGCCUUCGGCACAGCUUGUACCCACGGCACCCUUCAGGCGGUUGCGGAGCUGCUUCGGCAAACUGGAGGACAUGGCCUAGAUGUGACAUGUGCCCUCCACGAGACCAUGGUUAACCAUGGGGGUUCCGCCAAACUUGUUCAGAAAUUACUGGACUUACGCGCUGACAUGAAUGACCAAACCUUUACUUGGUGGAAGCCUGGCUUUGGUUUGGGACUGAUCUCCAUGCAAAAGAUCUUGCAGCACAAGCUCGGCAAGAAGACUUUGUGCAGCAAGCUCAUGUAUCAUGGCGGGCAUGGUGGAACGCCUCUCAUGCUUGCCGUGCUGACCUCCCAGUACGAAGCUGCUGCUUGUCUCAUCGCAGCAGGGGCACGUCUGGACUUGCGCAACUCGCGAGGUUGGACAGCAAAAGACUUUGCAGAAGGACAGCCAGUGCCCGACUUUCUACAGGAGGCCUUCGAAGGAAGUCGAGAUGGCUGUUGCAGGGUCACGUAUGCAGCUCUCCGGAACUCCUGCUGGGAGCUUUAA